AUCAUUAUAUGAGUUGAAUGGUUCUGCUUAUCUGAAUUUAUGCCAAGUAUAAGCAUGGUGUAGGUAUUGCUAGCAUCUUACUGUUUGUUUAUCGAAUUUCUUUUGUGUUUAAAACUAUUGUCAUCCUAUGCAUCUUUUGGUUGUCAAAGUUAAUAUCAACUUAAAGAGAAGUCCACUUAAAGACCGAUGACGAGUAUACAGAAAUGCAAAGAUAGAAUAUUCAUGAAAUCUUCCACAUUUAUGCAUAACUAGCCACAGUAAAAACUAGAAAAGUCACAUGCCCAACAACAAGUUGUAUCAAUAUUCAAGAAAUCGAUAAGCGGUAUUAGCGAUUAGGUGGAUUAUACGGGACCUAUGCAGAGCCUAUUUGUUAACAAACUAAUGAUUUAUAUUAUAUAUAGAUAGUUUUUAGGUUUAAAUAUAAAAUUAUUUUGAUAAAUUAUCAAAAUUUAAUAUACACAACAAAAUAAAUUUAAAAAUUUUACAGAUUUGUACUAACAUUAUUACUUAAUUAAACUGAAUUAUAAGGGUCUAAACCGGUUUUAAUCGUAUAAAUCGAAUUUUAAGAAAUCUGUUUCGGCUAUGACUGAUUUGUACCAUGACCAGCUAAAUUUCAACGUAAGAUCUAAAGCAAGAAUCAAACAAGCUAAUGAUCCAACUAGGCAUAUGCGUUUCUAUCCUAAACCGAAGUCUCUACAUUAACCCGAACUGAAAAACUGAAUUUUAUUUGAACCGUUAUAAACAAAUAUCCGAGCAGAAUUUAAGAGUUUUGUACUUUCGGAUUCAGAUACAAUCUGAACCGAAUUGAAAUCCGAAUUAGGAUUCAAAAUUAGUUAAAUGUGUUAAUUUUUUUAUAUAUUUUAAGGUAAUUUAGAUAUUUUAUAGUAUUUUAAAAGAUUUUUGUAGUCAGACAAAAAAUAAGAAGAUUUUUGUAGUUUUUAUUUGCUAUUUUGAGUACUUCUUAAUUAGUUUAAAUAGCCUAACUAGAUUUUAUUUAGAUUUUUGAAUAAUUUAUAUAUUUUGAAUAUUUUGAUAAAAAAAUUUGAGAUUACUUUUUGAUGAUAAUCUGAUCCGAACUGAACUUUGAAAGAAUUAAACCCUACCCAAAAGUUAGAAAUAUCAAAAUGAGACUUACUAGCAAUAGUACCGAAAAUCCAGAUCAACCGACGACCGAAUCCCAAGUUUGUCUUUGGUCUAUAACAGGUUGAUUAACGGGCUGGGCUUAAAUGCAAGCCGUCUAAAUUAGUCAAAGCCCAUAUCAACCUAACGGCUAGUUUACAUUGGUUUACGGCUCCUUCCUUUCCGUUUAGACGCAACGGCUACUUUUUUUUUUUUUCUGAAGAACUUUCUAACGGCAACCUUUUUUCUCCCACGCCUUUUAAUACUGGGACGAUGCGACUUAAGAGCCUCACACUUGUUUCUCUCUGUCUGGUCUGUCUUUUUAAUUCUUUCUUGCCCCCCCUCCUCAAAUUGAGAUUUGAUUUCUUUGUCUCUCAGUACAGCUUUCCUUGUACAAAAAAAAAGGAUCAAAAUCAAAAUGGAGACUCCAUUAUCAUCAAGAAGAGUCGCUGGAUCUCAGCCUAUCUUUCCUACCAACAACUCUGAUUCGUUGAGAAGAACAGAGGACUCAAGCUUCUCUCAAAGGAAGAAAAACAACGCACAAGAAGACAGAUCGGCGCUCACCGACAUAACCAACGACUCACCGAUCGUGGGUCUAACGAUGCAGACUCCUCCUUCAGGGUUCGUGUGUAAGAAAAAGAACAGCAGAAUCAUCAAGAGCACGCCUGGUUCUGGUGAAGCCCUUCUGAGAGGACAAGUCAAGACCCUUUUGGACAGGGUUGAAGAAGGAACAGAGCUUAUUACCCAUUCAAUAAAGUCUCUCCCUUUCAUCCAUCUCGUCACUUCCCCGAUGAGACUUCUCGCCCCAACUCCAGCAAACACUCCUCAGUUUCCAAACUUUUCAGAUGAUAAAGUGCAGAUAAAGAUCGCAUCCCCCGUUGUCGCCGGACACUUGAGAACAUCUCAAGUAAGCUAUGUUAAUGGGACUUUGAAGGGAAGUGAGAUAUUUGAAGAGAAGGAAGGAAUGAGUAUGAGCAUAAGUCGUUCUUUGCUUUUUGAUUUCACGGAUAAGCCAGCAGCAUUAUGGGAUGAAGAAGAAGAAGAGGUGGAGAAGACUCAAGCUGAAUUUGCAGGGAAACAUAGUAGAUUUGUGUACAACAGUGAAGAUGAUGAGAUUGUAGAGGCCAAAAAAGUUUGCUACUGAAGAAGAAGAAGAGUCUCCUAAUCCCAUAAUUUCCCCCAAUAUUGUAUUGGGCUGCUUUGUAUUUUUGGUCAUGAAAGAGUGAUCUAAACAAAACACAGUUGUGAUUUAAUAACAGAAGAAGCACGUUCCAACGAA